UGUCAAAAUGGAGUUCUUACUUGGCAAUCCGUACAGCACUCCUGUGGGCCAAUGUAUAGAGAGGGCCACAGAUGGAGGCCUCCAGAAUGAGGACUGGACCCUCAACAUGGAAAUCUGUGAUAUCAUCAACGAGACAGACGAGGGGCCUAAAGAUGCUAUGCGGGCACUGAAGAAGAGACUCAGUGGCAACAAGAACUACAGAGAAGUGAUGCUGGCGCUAACGGUAUUGGAAACAUGUGUGAAGAACUGUGGUCACAGGUUUCAUGUCCAGGUGGCCAACAGAGAUUUCAUUGAUGGUGUUUUGGUCAAAAUCAUCUCUCCCAAAACCAAUCCUCCAACUAUCGUACAAGACAAAGUGCUGUCGCUCAUACAGGCAUGGGCUGAUGCCUUCAGGAGUAGCCCUGAUCUUACUGGGGUGGUCCAUAUUUAUGAAGAACUGAAGAGGAAAGGCAUUGAAUUCCCAAUGGCAGACCUGGACGCAUUGUCUCCAAUUCACACACCACAGAGGGGUACACCUGAGGUGGACCCAGCCAUGAUCAAAUAUCUAGCCCCUGCGUCACCUGCUGCCGGGGCUCCUAAACCUGCCCCAACCCCUGCCUCUGCCACACAGGUCCCCAACUUGCCCAGCCCCAUCACAGCAACCCCUGAACAGAUUGCCCGGCUGCGUAGUGAGCUGGACGUAGUGAGAGGAAACAUUAAAGUCAUGUCAGAGAUGCUAACAGAGAUGGUCCCCGGCCAGGAAGAUGCCUCUGACCUAGAACUGCUGCAGGAGCUGAACAGGACAUGCAGGGCCAUGCAGCAGAGAGUGGUUGAGCUGAUUUCACGUGUCUCUAAUGAAGAAGUGACCGAGGAGCUGCUACAUGUCAACGACGACCUCAACAACAUUUUCCUCCGAUAUGAGAGGUAUGAGAGGUACAGGUCGGGUAGAGCUGCACAGAACAACGGGAUGUUGAAUGAGGCCACAGAGGACAACCUGAUAGACCUGGGCCCAGGCUCCCCUGCUGUGGUCACGCCCAGGAUCACAUCCAGCCCUCCACCCAACUCCGCUGCUGGAGCUACUGCCUCCCCAGCCCAUAACCCCACCACAGCGUCACUGUCCACUGCGCUGGCUGGCCUUGAUGUAGGUUCAGACAGCGUUACCGGCACCCUGUCGUCUCUUUCAGGCCGCAACCAGGAUGACUUUGACAUGUUUGCCCAGACCAGGACUAGCUCUCUGGCUGAACAACGCAAAAAUGUAAAGUAUGAGGACCCUCAGGCUCUGGGCGGCCUGGCCUCAGCUUUGGAUGUGAGACAGCAGAACACAGGAGGCCUGAGGGUAAAAGGGGAUGAUAACCCAGCAGAUCAGGAGCUGCCCAUAGACAGCUGGCUUAUUACCCAAGGAAUGAUCCCCGUAUCGCAGUCCUCUGUCAUGGAUGACAUAGAGGAGUGGCUGUGUGCCGACGUGAAAGGGGAUGCUGCCGAGGAGGGGGUGACGAGUGAAGAGUUUGAUAAGUUCCUGGAGGAGCGAGCGAAGGUGGCAGACACCCUACCAUCUCCCCCCGGAGCUAACCCCGCUCACCCAGCCCGAGCCCCAGGUGGCUCCCACAAGAAGGCUGAACGGACAGAAGAUGCCCUCUUUGCCUUGUAGACUGUUGUCAGAGAACCUUGAUGUCUCUCCAGUGCAUCUAAAGGUCCUCACCCUACAUGAUUCCCCCCAAACAGUCAUUCCAUUCCCAUUUCAGCGCUGACUGGCAGUGUUACAGCAAGUCAUUCUCAUGCCAGUGUUGCUCAGAGGUCCAACAUGUGUACAAUGCACUACUGUGUUACAUUAAACUAUAUAUGGAUGUAUUAAUCUGUUAGUGUGGGAUGUACUACUCGCAGCCCUGCAUCUCAUUUGUGAAACUCCACCAAAGGAAGACAACCUAACUUGUCUGAUGUGGUUUAAAAAUGUGGUAUAUUACUGCGAGAUUCAUUGAACAUCUCACUGCAGGUCCAUGCAUUGAGUCAAUAUGAAAGCAUACAAUUAGGACAAUAUUGUGCUGUUUUAUUUCAUUAAGCUAAUUGCUAAUUUAUGCAUUUAUUGUUUUAAUGGUUUGUUCUGUACUAUGUACUAGCGCUGUGGUUAUGGUGGGUUCAUGCAUUUCUUUUCUUUUUUUUUUCCUUUUUUUUUUUUUUUUUUUUUUUUACAAGUACUCCAGUUAAAGUUCUAGUCAUGCUUUUAAAACUGAUGUGUGUGAAAUAGCUAUGUGUGUUAUUACCCAGUUUGCCUCAAGCAGUGUAGAGAAAAGAGCUAUGUUAGCAGGCAAAUUUUGCUAACUGGGAAUAUAACAGCUAAAUCAUUGCUAAUUGUGAUGAGUGUAUGCCAGCAUUCCUUUAACCAAAGGGAAUAACAAAAAAAACUAAAAAGCACUAGUUUAGAUUCUCUGCUAUGUAUUUCGAAUGGCUGAGGGGAAGGAACAUGCCCAUGGAAUAUUUCCCAUCAACCUUUUCAGUCCUCUGAAAAGCUUCAGCAAAAUAACCGAGAGGAAUAUGAUCUUAAUCAGCUGCAAACACGUUUAGCCAUUCCAAAGACUGAAGGCUUUAAUGACCAACUAGCACUUAAUGUUACCUGUCAAACAAUAGUUACAUUCAUGUGUUGUAAAUGUUAAGGGAUCAUGAACAUUUUCCUUCCCCUGCUAUAAUGUCUGUGCACUUUGAAGCAAAAACAAAUCUGUAUUUUGUCCUUUGUGUUUACAAGAUGGUUACUAUUUUUCUAGGGGAUGGGAAAUAGUCUUUAGAUUGACUUCAUUUUGCACAUAACUUUUCUAACUGUAAUUGCAGCGCUUGUUCACACAGAAGUGGAUGGAUGAACUGUCAAAUUUAUGAUUGUAAAACCUUUUAAGAGUAUUAGAAAUUGCAUAAAGUUGCAAGAUAAAAUGUGGCAUUAAAAUUAUCAGCACGACUUAGCGUUAGCAUCAUAAUUGACUAUAAGACGCAAAAUAUAUCUAACAAUAAUGCGCUGUUGUAAAGGAUUUAUUCAUAUAGGUAGAUCUUCACUUACUCUAUACUAUGUUAUCUAUAUACCUCAAAAUACAGGAAUUUUAGUUUCUGUAUCUGGUUAAAAUGUAUUGGCUCAUAGUGAUAUCCAGAAGGCAGAGAGGUUUAUGUAUUAUUUGAUCCCCUGAUUGUAUUUUUAUAGAUCAUGUAAGAAAAAAAAACGUUUGUAUCCUUGUACCACUGCAUCUUUUUGUAGUUCAGGCUGAAGCAUGCAGCAAACAAACACAGUUGUACUUUCUUUGAUUUGCACAGUCAAAGACAUAUUUUCAUUCUCAGUGUGUGUUCAUUCUGCUAUGAUCCAUCUGCUCUUGUUGGAGCAGCUGCCAAGGAUUUCUGUGAUUGACUGAUUUAAGCAAAGUAGCUCUGAUUGGAGUUUGCCUUUGGUGUACUUAAGAUCACAUUUUGAGGUAAAAAGCAAUCCUGUCUUCAUUCCAGAUCUUUUGCUGAUGCUCUGCUUUGUUUUAACAUUGCUCUUAAAAGAUUCUUUUUUUUUCCCCAUUCAAUCCAUUUAAGACCAAAAGCCUUGUCAAUCAGAGGCAGACCAUUUGAAACGCAAGUUGUAAAAGCCUAAUCAAACUUACUUACAGUGUAGUCCUUCCACUGGAGGGAAAUAUUAUGUCUACGUAAUCAUUAUGAUUAAAUAUUUUUAAAAAUGUAUAAUAGUAAUAAUAAUAAAAUUCAUGUUUAAUGCUUUAACUUUCUUUAAUGCAGUAUGGUUACAUAUGGUUACAUAGGUUCAAUGUGGUUACCAGAUAAGAGAUAAUAGCAUUAAAUUUACAAUCAACCAUUGUGUCAUUUUUUGAAAAACUUUAACGAUGCAGGCUGAACAAAGACUAUUACUAAAAUGUAACAGGAGAUCCUUUUAAAAGGGAAUUUUUUUCUGUGUUUGUGUGUUAACUAUCUCUGGAUCUGUAACAGAGUUUAUUGUGUUACUUGCUUUUAUGAAGCUUAAGUCUUGACAGCAACAUGUAUUCCUCGAAAUUGUGGCUAUCUCAAAAUGGUUACUGAAUGUCUUUUAAUACUGGGGAGACAGAGUGUUUAGUGAAAACAUUGUGGACACAGGCUUGUUUUCUGUUGGUGGGUCUCAUGUCUGUUUUUGGCUGUGCCAUCUGCUGCCAUUACUACUAAUGGUCAGAUUUUUGUUUGACCUAAUGCACGUAUGUAACUGCCCAAUAAAACACUAGCAAUGUGUGACCUCUA